AUGACCACGGUGUCCCAUGGAUCUGAAAGACAGGCACUGUCUAAGAAUUUCGCCAUGUCAGCUGAACCACUUCACAGGAUAGGUCACCAACAGUACCAAAACUUGUCAAAGAAGAAGUGCAUGCCUCUUGAGAGAGGUCCUGAGAACAGACAUGACUUUGCCAGCUUCGAAGAGAAAGACAGCAAUUCCUUCCUUAAAUUCCAUCCACACUCCCCUCCAGUCAGGCCAAAUUACCCCUUAUUCCCACACCGAGAUGAUGUGCCUUUAGUAAAUCCCUGCUCAGGUUUUGUGAGUGUGGGAGGGGAUGCUGAUCUGCAGCCCCAUACUGGAAGAGCUAUUGAAUCCCUGGUGGACUACGUCGAUGUGAAACCUCAGCAGUGGGUUCCCGUUGCAGGAAAGGGGGCACAGACUGCCCACAGGAGGCACAUGAUCCUCCAGGAGGAAACCAGCCAGGACAGACGGUGGAACUCCAAGGCUGUGCCAGCUGCUUUGGUCAGGGCACGACUUGAAGGUUGGACAGCUCCAGUGAAAGUUGUUCCUGCUUUACCUGACCAAAACCAUAUUUUUGCAUUUUGUAUGGAUCCCAAUCUCAAGGAAUUAAAUGAUCCUUCUGUGAGCUGGAGAGAAGAAAAAGCAAGGAACUAUUUCUACAGGUCACGUAUUCAAAAAGCAUAUGAAGAAGUUCCUUGGGAUAAUAUGUUACCAUCCAAAAUCCAGCUUCCAGAAUCAACUGUGGAAGUGAUGGCUGAUCCUGUUUCCCAGUGUUUCACAAAAAGGAGAUACAAUCCUGAAUCUGAAAUAAGCCAAGUUAUUGGAAACCUUUGGGACAGAUUUCAGACAAGAUCUUUUACCUCUCCACAGAAACCAGUUUGUCUUGUAAGCCGAAGCUCUCGAAUCUGUCAUAUCCCUUUGUAUAUUAGCUGUGUUGGUGCAGUACAUUUUGAAGACACUGACAAUGCCAACGUAGACUUAAUCAUGUUUAACUGUGUGCGAACUUCAAAGCCUUGCUACACAAGCACUGCACACACUCCAAAUAUCCCUGGAUACACUGGCAAGGUUCAUUGGUCAGCAACCCACCUUGCAAAUUCUAAUCUUCCAUCAACAUCCCCAUCAAUAAUUGCACAAAUGCAUGGGUACAUAGCAAAACAUGGAAGCUCAUCUCAGUAUAAUCACCAGGGACCUUUUUCACAAAUGAUGACUCCAGUUAGUCCUCAGAAUUCUUUCAACAAGACUCAGCAAGAAACUGUUAGAGUUUAA